AUGACCCCUCCAUUGAAGCUCCCAAUCAAUCGCGUAGCAAUCGUGACGGGCGCUGCGCGUGGGAUUGGAAGAGGUAUCGCGCUGCGCCUGGCGCGAGAUGGGCACGACGUCGCUGUCGCGGACGUGAAGGGAAGCGCCGUAUACGAGGUGGAACGCGAGAUCAAGGCCCUCGGAGUGCGGUCUAUUGCACGAUACACGGAUGUAUCAAAGGAGCAGGAAGUAGAAGAUCUCGUGGGGGCCGUCGCGCGCAAGUUGGGUGGUCUCGAUAUAAUGGUAGCAAAUGCCGGUGUUCCUCACUUUGGCUCUGUGCUCGACACAAAGCUCGAAGAUUACCAGCACGUAAUGGCGAACAACGCGCAGGGUGUGUUCCUGUGCUAUAAGCACGCUGGACUCAGAAUGGUAGAGCAGGGUCGAGGAGGGCGCAUCGUCGGCGCGUGCUCAAUGGCGGGGAAGAUGGGAAAUAGAGCGUGGUUCUCUUACACCGCGAGCAAGUUCGCCGUUCGGGGAAUGACCCAAGCCGCAGCUCUUGAACUCGCGCGUCACGGUAUCACCGUCAACGCUUUCGCGGCAGGCGCGAUCGAGUCGCAGAUGCUUCGUGAUGCUGCCGCACACCCAUACAACAGGGAUGUUAUCAAAAACGAAAACAAACAUCUCCUCACGAACAUCCCUGUCGGUCGCAUAGGUCAACCGGAGGAUAUUGCAAGUUAUGUCUCCUGGCUUACAUCUGAUGAUUCUGGCUUCGUCACCGGACAAACUGUCAAUAUCAAUGGCGGCAUGUUAUUCGACUAG